CCGGCCCAGCCAGCGGUGCCUCCGACGCCAGGCGACAGCAGUCGGGGGGGGGAGGCAGAAGCGCCUCCUCCCCGCCUGGAGCCGAGGCGGCAACGCAGGGGGAGGAAGGCGACUCACCUUGCCCCCAAUGAGGGGCGGAUCAUGCCAUGGCAGCGCCAGCAAACGACAGCGGCGGCAGCGAACAGAGCCCCAGCAGCAGCCCCGGGAGCCGGGCCGGAGCAGGGGGCGCGGCGGCUGGAGGCCGGGACCGCGGGGAUAGGAGACCCCGGAACGCCACCGCUACGGCCCCAGGCCUUGCACCUCUCGAAGACUACGAGUGCAAAAUCUGCUACAACUACUUCGAUGCGGACCGGCGCGCGCCUAAGCUGCUGGCGUGCCUGCACACCUUCUGCCAGGAGUGCCUAAGCCAGCUACAGCUCCGCGCCGCCGCCGCCGCCGCCGCCGCUGCCAGCGCUGCGCCUGAGCGCGCGCAGCGCCCCCCGCCCUGGCACGAUCCUCCCGGCGCCAUCGCGUGCCCCGUGUGCCGCCACCGCACGCCGCUGCCCGACAGCCGCGUGCAAGCCUUGCCCAAUAACACCAAGCUCGCCGAGGCCUUCCCGCUAGCUCUGCGCGCGGCUCACGACCCGCUACCCCAGGACCGACUCCCGCCGCUGCCAACACGCCGCGCAGAGCCUGCAGCACCCCAGCCGCCAGCCCCGGCCCCGCAACCAACGCCACCUGCAGAGGACACCGCCCCCGGACCUCGCGCCCGCCCGGGUCUGCGCGCCCCGGGCGCCUACGACAGCUGCCAGAACUGCAAGCGCGCUGCGCUCACCGCCGGCUGCGUGUGCGUGGUUUUUUCUUUUCUCUCCAUGGUGGUGCUGCUCUUCACUGGCCUCAUCUUCGUCAACCACUACGGUGGCGGUGGUGGCGGGGGACCCCCCGGAAGCGGAGCGCCCCCUGGGGAUGCCCCGGCGACUGGGUCGCCUUCGCCCUCGCCUGUGGGGCCCAUCUGUCUGUCGGUGGCCAGCAUCUUGGCGCUCUUCUCAGUCGUUGUCACCUGGGUUAUCUGCUGGCUCAAGUAUCGGCCCGAGGGUGCGGCCGCCAGCUCGGCUGGAAGCGGCGGCGGCGGCCCGAGGACGCGGGCAGCGGCGGCACCCGGCGGCGCACGGAGGAGCGACACGUAGCUGGGCAGCACACUGGUCUCUAUGCCUGCACCGCCUGCCUCGCGCAGCCAAAGAGGAGUGGGCCUUUGACUCAGUACACUCGAGCUUCUCCCUCUCCCAUGACCUUAGGACGCUCCAGUCGCACCAUCCCCCACCCUCAGCCACCUGGCCACCAAGGUUUUCUGCCUCACGGACUUUCUAUGCCCCACCUCCUUUGCGCAGGGUCUGAGAGGAAAACUCAAGGGGCGAGGAGGCUGGUGAACCGGCUGGUGGGGCGUUCCUUUUCCCUUUCGUGCACCACCCCAUUUCCAGAGUGCGGCGCAGCCGUCCCUUCCCAAAAUCUGAGGAUUUACAAUCAAGAGGAAAGGGGAGAGGUCCCCAGGCAGCCCUCCUGAAAGCUGAUUUUCUGGAGGCUGGAACUUGAGAGUUUCUUGAAGGGUGCAGGUGAGCGCAAGUACUAGUCCACAGCGGUUGUGAAUGGCCUUGAAUUGCCCAAAGGAAGAAUAAGAAAAGUUAAAGUGAGAGAAAGGUUUUCUUGCUUCCCGGCGGUCCUAGAAAGGGAGAGAUCCUGAGCGCUGAGAGUGACUUACACUCCCCGGGGGCACAGCUAGGGCGUGAACGUGGUGGCUGCUGGACUUAGCAGCUGUCGGCAUCUGUGCGUUAUUGGGCAGGUGCAUAGCACGCGUGCGCGUUCAGAGUAGUUGUCCGACUCCACGGAGAUGCGACUGCAGCUUGCAAAAGGCAAUGAUCCUGCUACCCACCUCCCGGGGUCUGGAGCAGAGCCCAGAAGUCCAAUCUUCUGAAAGCUUGCGGUUGUCUUACGGUGUUACUGCCAGGAAGUCAUUUCAUCUUCUGUAACUGGACUCAGGGAGUUUAAAAAGCCUGAUCUCCCUUCUCUCAAAACUGACUGACUGUUGCCCCCACCUGGAAGAUAUUGAAAGCUAUUCACGAAGAAUAUAAACUACAGGCUUCCCCUUUCCCGUCUUUUUUCUUAAUUUCAUUUAAAAAAUAAUUUAUUUUUGAAUAGAUAAAUCUGGAAAUUUUUGUACAUUAAGAUUUCCAGAAAAGUUGUUAUAAGUGGUGACAUUUCUCUCAUACCUCUGAUUCAAACACAUUUUGAAAUUAAGAGCAGAAAAUAAAGGCUUGUUGGUAAUUGAUUCAAGUUUUUAUACUGUGAAACAACAUUAAGUGACUUCCAACUGUCUGAUAAAAUAUAAAAUAGUGCCCAAAGAUGAAGUUAACUGAUAGUCUUUCUUUGACUACCAAGACAUACAUAUAUAUAAGUACAUACAAACAUACAUACAUUAUACAUUUAUCAGAAAAGAUAUUAUUUUGAAUUUAGCUGUUUGCUGUUGUUGGAAUCAGUGAAAUAUUCACAUCUGGACACAUGAGAUGACAAAGAAUACAUAUUUGAUUUUGUAACUAAGAAGAUGAAAUUAUGAGUGUAUGUUGCAGGUGGGUUAGAUCCCUUUUUAAGGGGAUAAAAGGUUUCAAAUGUAUUUUAUAUGAAAACAUUCCCUGUUCCACAUUUUGGAAUUUGGAAUAAGAAAGUUUUCAUGUUUAAAAGUCACAGAAGAGACUGAGGGUGCUGUUAUCACUCGUGUAUUUAUGCAAGCUGCUUGCAUGAUAUCUUGUACUAUGCUAUUAACUGUACUUGAAUGGAUCAUUUGUAUCUAUCAUAUGAGUGAAGUAAUUUAUUGGCCAUCAAUAAGUGGUCUGGCUGCAUUUUAGGAACUACAAUAUGGUGUGUUAUAUGUCUACAUUGUCUUAAUAAAAACAAGAAGUAUUUAUAGUAUUUGUGACACUUAUUUCAUGGUGAAAUUGCUUCAAUUUUUGGUGUGGCCUUUUUCUUAAAUACUUGUCCCUACCUAAAUCCCACUUUCACAUUUUGAAUGGGGCUAAGAGAGAAAUACUAAGAUGAUCAUUUUGCAGAACUAUCUCUGGGACUUAAUAAGAGUCCUUGAAGGUCCAGUAAAAUCUGUUGUAGGGGUGGCACAUGCCUGUGAUCCUAGCAGCU